AUGACCGAACAAACCCCAACAAAGUCCAGCACAAAAACCGCAAAAAGUUCUAAAGAGACCAUGAUGGCCGUCGAGUGGCAUGGGACAACUGAUGUUCGAGUUAAUAUGAAACGAUCAAGACCUGUGAUUACUAGGCCGACUGAUGCCAUCGUUCGUAUUACCGCAACGACAAUCUGUGGAUCCGAUCUUCAUUUGUAUCAUAAAGAAAUUCCUCGCGUGGCGAAAGGUGACAUUAUGGGUUAUGAAGGAAUGGGCAUAAUUCAUGAGGUUGGCAGACAAGUAUCAAAGCAUAAAAUUGGCGAUCGAGUAGUUAUCUCAUCUGUAAUUGCUUGUGGGUCUUGCGAUUACUGUAAAAGAGGGUUGUUUAGCUGUUGUGAUGUUUCUAGCCUAAAUGAUUACGGUGAGAGUAUAGAGAAAUCGCAUGGUACACAAGCUGAAUAUGUUCGAGUUCCUUUCGCUGACAUUAACCUUAUUCAUAUCUCCGAUGAAGAAAAUCAACUUUUAAUGGAGAAAGUGCUUUUACUGUCUUCUGUGGCUUGUAAAGGAUUGCAUGCAUGUGAAAUGAGUAAAGUCCUUAAAGGAGAUAUUGUCGGAAUUUGGGGUGCCGGUCCAGUGGGAAUAAUGUGUGCGGCAUGGGCAAAAUAUCUCGGGGCAUCUCGCGUAAUUGUAAUAGAUUCUAUUCAGAGCCGUUUACAAGUUGCUCUUAAAAUUGAAGGAAUUGAAAUAAUUAAUUGUAAAGAAGAUAAAGACGUCGUUGGAAAGAUAAAAACCUCUGUACCUGGAGGCUUGGAUGUUGCGAUUGAUGCUGUGGGAAUUAAAUAUGCUACAAAAUCCCUUAUGGGCAAGCUUGAAAAAGCCUUCUUUGCUGAUACUGAGAGUUGUGACGCACUUGAUGAAGCUAUUUUAUGCACGAAGAGAGGUGGUAAUAUUAGCUUGAUCGGUGAUUAUAACACGUUUACUAAUCAUCUUAGAAUUGGUGUUAUCAUGGAUAAAUCGCUUACCAUUCGAGGAGGCAAAUCUCACAGUCGAAAUUAUCGCCUGUCUGAAGCACCAAAAGCUUACAAAAAAUUGGAUAAAAAAGAAGAUGGGUUUAUCAAAAUAUUUCUAACUGUCGAUGAAAAAGAAUUUUCUCAUCCCAAUGCCAGUUUCGCGGGUGGAAGUAAAAUCAGUACGGUUGCCGAAACUGCAAGUAAAAGUAAAACCGAUGAAAUUGUUAAGGUAGAUAAUGAAAGUAGUCCCUGUGUAGUUUCUGGAUCCAUGAGUAAUGCAAAGAUAGUUAUGACCGUUCCUGGUUUAUCUGCUGAACCCAUUGAACGUGUAUCGAGUGAACCUGUUCGUCGUUCAUCUCUUGAAAGCAAUGGAUUAAUUCAAGAUACUGGAUCUGUGAAAUCUCUCGGUGAGACUGGAAGUAAGAAGGAAGAAAUUCCCAGAACGUCACAAAGCAUUAAAAAUGAUAUUACUCGCAAUGAGUUUCAUGAAGAUAGAUCACAUAAAAAAGACAAAGUUAAGAACAAGUAG